AUUGCUGAAGUCCACAGAGUACUUUUAUAUAUACUGAAGUCUAUGUAAUAAACAUAGUAAUUUGAACCAUUAAAUAUUGUUAUCUAUUAAAAAUUUUGUUGUUGGUUAUUUGCAGAUACUUGUUUCAUUUAAAUAACGUUUUCUAUAUUCUUAGUUUCUUUUAGUUGCAAAAGUGGCGUCCGAAAAUUAUCCAAAGAAAAUGUUGGAUGGGUGGUAUUGUCGCUCCAUAGCAAAUAUGCAAGCUACUGAAGCCGCAAGCGUAAGCAAUAAUUCAGCGGCGGAAAUAUCUCGAGCCAGAGAGCAAAGGAAAGAAUACUCUAGUGAUAGCAGCAGUGAUCCUGAACCAGAACCUAACUAUGAAGCUCAAUAUCUAACACUUAAAAAGAAACUUAAAUACCUCAUCUAUGAAAAUGAAUGUUUUCAAGAUGCGUUAAGAAGCAGUCAAAAGAGACUUCUAAAAGUUUGUAGAGAUAGAAGUUACCUCCUUGAUAGAUUAUUACAAUAUGAGAAAUAUGACAGUACUACAUCAGAUAGUGAAGAUACAGAAUCUUCAGACGAUAUGUCAUAUAACCAUGUAGAUGCUGCAAAAAGAAAAAAACUGGAAGCAAGUGCAGUUCAGCAGCAUAUAUCUACACCAUCUUCUCUAAAUAAAAAUGUAAAUGCAAUUAAAAGGAAAAGGGCAACCAUACAAAAAAAGACACCAAAUGCUAGUCAUUCACAUCAAGCAAAUCCAUCAAUGUUAUCAAAAGCAUCACCUGCUCUUGGAUUUAGUCUGUCUACAAGUGACGGUCAUAUGACACCAGAAGAAGUAGAACGACAUUUGCAGUCUCGACAAUCAUAUUUGGAGUUGUUGCCGGAGCGUGCUCCCCCCACUGUACCAACUGAGAUGUUUAGUAAUGAUCCUUCACUUGAUAGUGAGUCAAAUGACGUUUUGGAAAAUUCCCCCAACGUAGAAGAAUGGUUUGAUUAACAUUACGCCUUUUUAGUGUACAAAAAUAAGAUGAAAACAUGUUUAAAAAAGACUUAUAACAGAAUACAACUUUUAAAUUUGUACCGAAUAAUUUUACACAAAAUAAAAUGUACGUGACAUAAUUUCAAUUAUUUCAUUGAUCAAAUGAGGUUGUAUCCUAAUUUACAUAUAAAAGGCAGUUAAUAAGUUCUGUUAUGCGCAUAUUACAAUUUUUUAUCUUAGUGGAUGGACACAAUAUUUGACCACGGAAGAUUCUGGAUGUAAUAUUAACUGGAAUCGAUAUUUGUGAAAAAAAAAAUACAACUUUCAUUAUCAUAUUAUGUUAUAUAUACUCAAUUUAAAAUUACUUCAAUUAAAAUUAUUGUAUAAUAGUCAUAUAUAUACACUAGCUGACCAAGCCGACGUUGUUCUGCCCUAUUCGACGACCCUUC